AUGGCCCGGUUUGGAUGGCGAGUACCGACGCCGACACCCACACCCACCGACGCUUGGUCGUCAUACUUUGACUUCUGGAGGAACGAGGACAAAGAGGUGCCCGCCGCCUUGGGGAUUGAGCCGAUGAUCCUCGACGACGAGCUUCACCCGGACAGCGUCAGUGUCAAAUUCAACGUGGACUUCGAUUUCGAUCUCGAGCUGGACUGGGAGCUGGAACUCCAGGAGGCGAGCGAUGCGAUCAUGGCGCACUAUCCCGGCCUUGCGAGCACGAAUACCGGGCUCAAGCUGCCCGUCAUGACGUCAACAGACACGGCGACACAUUCCAGGGUCCAGCUGCAGCCGCAGCUCCAGGCGCCGCCAGGAACAGCCUCAGGCGCCACCGCGGCGAACGGGGGCGCGUCAACCACGAGCAUCCCGGUUACUACGCCUAUCACGACGCCAAUCGGGGCCGCUACGAGGACGCCUACGGGGACCGCCACGGAGGGGCCUCUGGGGAUGCCUCCCAGCCAGGGCAUCGCUACCAUCACGCCUACAACAGGGCCCAGUGCAGCCGAGUAA